AUGGCAAACGGCGAUGACUCCGCAGGCUCCUUCAUCCACAGGUUGUUGAAGGAAGAGGAAGCCACGGAAUGGGCGCAGGAAGCCGGCGAUGAGGAGAUGCUCCCCUACGAGGAGGAGGAGCUGAAGGAGGAGAUGAUGGAGGAGGAGUGCCCGGAGGAGGACUGCCACGAGGAGGGCUAUGCAGAAUAUGCUGAAGGGGAGGAGGAGGAGAUGGAGGAGCUACCAGCGGAAGCUCAGCCCGAGGAUGGACAGCCUGCAGAGGAGGAGGAGGAGGAUCCUGAGCUGGACGCGAAGUUUCAGGGCCUCCUUCAGUCGCUCCAGGCCGCUGAGGCGCAGGACGAAGCCGAAGCCGCCGAAGCCGAGACCGAACAGGCGGCCGUGCAGGAGCCGUCGAAGCCCUCGCGCCCGCCACCACAGAUUGCGCCCUGGCACCAGCAGAAGCCAAUCGGAGGCUUCACAAAGCCGCGGGAGCCACGAGGCCCUCCGCCCCCAGACGUGGCCCGCGCCUCGAAGCGGCGGAGUCUGGAUCUGCGAGAAGGGCACGGGCGCCUGGAGACAUCCUCCAGAGGAGCCUGGAACGUCCUGCCCCCUCCGCCGCCGAGGCCGCCGGCUCCUGCCAGCCUGCAGGGUGCGGAGGUUGCGCCGGGCGCGAAGGUGGUGCCUCCACGAGAGCCAGGCGGUGAAGCUAAUGCAGCUUCGGCAAGCAGUGUGGGGCCGAGGCCGCCCAAAGGAGCGCCUCCGCCCGGGCUGCGGGAGCAAAAAGGCGACGGUCGCGUGGUGCCUGCACGCAAGAAGGAGACAGCAGGCCCUGCGGAGCGAUCGGCCAACGCCUCAGCCGCCCUGGAGAAGGCAAAGGACCUCUUCGCCAAAGGCAAGAAAAACGGGGACCAGGCCUUCAACCCACCUGUUCGAUGGAACAUCGCUGGCGCGAAGUCUUCGAAUCUGCGGGAGUCUUUGCAGAAGCAUUUAGCGAUGAAGAAGCAAGAGGAGCUUCGCAAACACGAGGAGAAGACGGCAACGAAGCAAACGACGCCUGCAGAGCCGCGACCGUGGAAAGAGUCUUCUUCAGCCCAGGCGGCUCCGACGCCCUCGGCUCCGUCUAGGCCUCCGCCGAGUGGCGGCAGUGGGAGUGCCUGGGACUCUGCGGCGCUGCGGCUUAAAGCCACGGGCACGACGGAAAAGGACAAGACGGACUUGAAGAAUUUCGUUACGGAUCUCCAGUUGAAUGAUGAGCAGGUGGAGCUCGGCCUUCAGUUCCUGGAGAGGUCGAAGCUGCGCAGCCUCCUCGCCCAGAAGGACCGGGUGCUAAAGUCGUGCAAGGAUCCAGCGGCGAGGAUAGAAAACGUCCGAAAGAUGAUAGCAGCGGCCGACCCUGCCGCUGACGAGCUGGUCAGGCGGAUCGACAGAGAGGACCGAGACGGCCCCAAAGCGGCAGCCUCACCGGCGCCUAAGACGCCACCAAAGGCACCGCCGAAGAAGGUGCCGCCUCCCCCGGCGAAGCCACCGCCAAAGGAGAUCUUACAGGGUGCCGAGGGCGCCGCCAGGACGCUCCGGAAGGCGAUCGAGGAAGCUUCGAAAAAACGGCCGCCUGAACCCAAGCAGGCUCCACCGAAGCAGGCGCCGCAGAAGCUUUGGCCGACAGAAAAGGCGCAUCCGUCGGCGAAGGCGCCAGCAGCGCCCGCAGCAGCUGCGCGGGGCUCCACGCCGCCACCUCCACCGCCCCAAGGGCCACCGCCCGGCACCGCCCCGCCGCCAAAGGCACGGCCAGCAAGCGCGAGCCGAAUGGCGGCAAAGGCUCCGUCGACACCGCCACCCGCACCGCCGGCACCGGCACCGCCGGCACCUGCCUCACAGCCACCAAAGCCAAAGCCAAGCGCACCAAGUCAGCCGGCAGUGCCGCCGCCACCGCCUGGGCCUCCUCCGCCACCGCAGGUGAUGCCGAAGGCGGAGCUGAGACCCCGGAUGCCCCAGCAGGGAAAGCCGCAGCCGCCAAAGACGCCCCCGCCGACGAUCCCCAAGGCGGUGACCUUCCCAGCCGCAAAGGCGUCGCCCGCCAAGAUGGUACCCCCGCCUCCCAAAGCCAGCGGUGCACAAGGCCGAGACAGAAGCCGCAGUCGCGACAGGUCAGAGGCGCCGGGCAAGGCGCCGGGCGAGGCGGCAGACGACAUGGCCGCCUUCCUUCGCGAGCUGGACCCCUCCGGCCAGAUGGACGGGUACGCCGCUCGUCUCCGCAGCGAGUUCGGCAGCCGUGCCCAGUUGCGGGCGGCGGUUGUCGACGAGACCGCCUCCGGUCUCGCGAUGGUGGACCCGGCGGUCUUCGAGGCGCUGCAGAUGCGCGCCUUGGGCCACAAGCUGCUGCUCGUGCGCGGCCUGAAGAAGCUGUUGAGAAGCGAGUGA